AUGUAUGGUCAGAGCCCUGAUCCGCCCUCGCAGCCAGAGUGGCGAGUCCCAUCCCUGCCGUCACAACCCCCUCAACCCCCGCCGCGUCCGCCAGCUUCAUAUAUACCGGCCACUUAUGGACCCAUUUCAAGCACAGGGACAACAACAACUCCUACAGAUACAACUGCAUGGGGAGUGCGGUUUAACCAACACCACGCUCCCCCGUUGCCCCCUCGGCCGUCAAGCACAAAUGAGCAACCGUAUUCCUACGCGGUGCAGCCGUCAAAUCCCCCCGGUCCCAAUUUCGGACCCAACCUUCCUUUUGGCGGUCAACCCACGAGUCAUACAAGUCCGCAUCCCUAUACACAAACACCACCGGCCAUCCCACCUCCACCCCCGAAGAUUCCACAAGGUCAGAAUGCACCGACAGCGCAGUAUGGCCAGCCUGCGCGUCCACCGUUACUUGCGCAAGGCGUAGGGCCAGCGGCGAUGACGGGGUCCUACGCGUUCCGACCCCCGCAGCAAGUCAACACAAACACGCCGUUCGCGGGCGCGUCGGCUCUGGGCCCAGGAACACCAUCAGAUUGGGAGCACCUCGGCCCAUCACCGGGAGAUUUUGAUGAUGCGCCUUGGUUCCCACCACGGAGGACGCCGACGCCUCAGGAGCCUGUGCAGCCGGCUGUUGAGCCCACCAGCAUCCCUCAUAUGCCGGGGACAAACGCGUCGGAUCUACACUAUCGCCCCAGAACAGAUACGAAUGAAACAUUUUCAAGCAGUAUCUCCGGCAUGACGCAGCAGGGGCAAAAUACCUCGAACUCUCCUGUUAGCCCUUGCACCUCACAUCGGAUGCCAUCCCCACCCACUGUGGUCCGCGUGGAUAGCACCGAGCCUGUCAUGGCUACGCCGGGACGGUCGGACACCAUCGGCAAUGUGAUUGAUGCGUGGGCUCGACCAUUGUCGCCUGCCGUGAAAACAGCCCAGGUGUCUGAGGACCCGGCAUAUCGGUCGCAGAGCCCUGGCCAAGCAACCCAGAAUGGCUCGGUCGGCAACUCACAGGUACCGGCCAACCCACCAGUUGUCCAGGUUGUGCGGUCGACUUCAAAUGCUUCUGUGCAAAACAUGGAGAGGGCAACUAGCGUGGCCCCGCGGGUCAAUCCUGAUCCUUUCGAAGAUCUUGACCCAUGGUCCAAAUCAUCUUUGGAGCGCUUUGUCGCUAUGCUGCGCAAGGAGGCAGUUGCUGACCUGGACGAAGAGCGCUACAAAAUUUUCACGGCAUUCAUGGCCAAGGAAACGAAACUUCGUGAAAUUUUGUAUAGCAUUGAACAUGAGCCAGAGGUCAAACAAUCGCCCCCGCAAGCUCUUGGCUCCAGUCCUCGGGCGACACCAAUUCCUGCUCAGCCCAAAGUUCCCAUCGAGUCGGGACUAAUACCAGUUGCCUUAGAGGAGGAAACGCCGCUGUCGGCGACAACAAGGAUAGAGGAUGAAGACCUGGACGAUGCUGGUAGUGAGUACAGUGCAGGCGGUCGCCCCAUUUUCGCAGGGCGACAGAGCUCGCAAUUCUUCCCGAGACUGUCUACGCUUCCUUCCGGCACUGAACCAACAUCUGGUCUAUCGAGAACUUCUUCGUUCCCCAGUACUGCGGACGUGCAGAAGCAGGUCCUAGAACCACUCACCACCAAUCCUCCUCAGCCCAUAUACACGCCAUUCCAGUACACGGAGGGCCCUCAGCGAGGGUCGGACAACCUCAAGUUUGACCGUCCAGCAUAUCAAGCGUACUCUGAUCUGCGACAGGCUGCGGUCAACGGGCGGAUGAUGUCGCAUGGGCAGGCACCUACACCACUGUCAAGAGCGAACACAUCGACUGUAUCUCCGGUUUUGAAUGAUCGAGAUGAGACCUUCCUUGGUCUGAUUCGUCACAAGAGUGUCGCUUAUAUCACCCCUACGGAACGAGAGGCUACCCCCUUGCCCCUGCUGCCAGAAGCCCUUCGCAAAAGCCGACCCAAUAGCCUUGUAGAAGACCUACGUACUAUUGUCUGGAAACCUUUAGACAAGCAGUCUGAGAGUUCAUGGCACAUAACAACUCGGGAAGAACUUGCAAAAUUCCCGGACGAUUUCUCAUACAUUCAAAAGACCAUCGAUCAGUGGGAAGAGGCUGCAGCAGCCAGGCGACAGAAGUUGGAUCAAGAGCGCCUGCUACGCCAGGAAGAAUCCGAGGAACACAUUGAUGAUCUUUUCAAUGGGAAAUCAAUUGGCUAUGCGGACAUAAAUACUUUGGAAGAAGACUUCCGGCAAACCGAGGCUCGUGCUCAGCUGGAGGAAGAAAGGUGUGAGCUUGAACGCUUUACCACUGAAGUAUUCAACCCCUUGGAUGAAUGUCUCAAAGAUGAGAUUGCGGCACUCCGCAAAUCAUACGACUCAGCUCUGAACCAGCUUGACCGGGAUCAGAAGACCAAGGGUUCCACGCGCGAGCGCUUCAGCCCCUCCGUGACCAUGAAAAUGGUGAAUGACAUCCACGGCAAGCUUGAAUCUCGUUUCCAGAAACGUCUCGAGAUUGCCCUUGACUGUGAGCGGCGUCGGAAGAAGGCUGAGCGCCGACCCCUCGUCUUUAUGGGCGAUAUGACUAGCCUGCGAAAACUCGAUGCCGAGUUUGAUCAGAUGGAAAGACGCAACCUUCUGGAGGCUUGCAAGGAUCGCGAUGAGCGCGCCAACAGACUUAUGGACUCGUUUGAUGACGCGAUCUUGCAUGGUCUGGGCACCAACCAGAGUCUCCUUGAUGAGGUUGCCACCAAAGCAGCUCAGCUAGAUCCCACUGCUCUUCGUGCCUCCGGUCUGUCGGACUCCGAGAUUGAACAGAUCCUUAAGUCCGCAGCGACCUUUGCAGCAUCUCUUCUUAGCGACUCGGAGUCGAUUCUUCGCAGCUCAGGGGUUGCGGACAUGAUUCUCAACGACGCCGACUAUGGGAUCUCUGUCGCCGAGGCGCGGUAUGCAAACUCGGACCCGGAGAUUUUCCAUCGGCUGGCGGAUGAAAAGGAGAAAGAGGACGAGAAGAUGCAAAGUGAGCUAGACUCGAAGCUGCACAGUAUUCAGAAGGGACCCAAGAAAAUCGAAAGCAUGGUCGAGAAGCUUCUUCUUGACCUGAAGAAUAGCCCUCCAAGCGAGGAUCGGCGCCCUCGGGUCCCAGGCUCUGCCCCGACCAGUCCUGUCGACGUUGAUUUGCCUGCCAGUCUUCGUUCUUCAAGUACCGCUCCUGUCUCAUCCAAUGCCCCGCUAGUCAGCCCCCAGGAUGGCGAUCUCGAGCACAAGGAGAGGCUUCGCCGAGCGCUGGAGGAAGCCAAAAAGCGCAACGCUUCCAGAAAUCAAUAA